GUGCACCUGUUGGUAUACUGAUGGCUUAUUAGAGUUUCAAGUGAAAAAUACUGAGUAAAAUUUAUAUUAUUUAAUAAAUAAUAACAUAGCACAGGCGUUUUUUUUGCAUUCGUGGAAACAUGACCUUGUGCAAAAUCUUUCAGCAGCGUUCAAUGCACCGAAAACAACACUAUGGAUUAAUUAUUUUAUAUCCCGUGUCGUCACUGUGUAUAUGAUGAUGUGUUCCCCGUUUCCACCAACUUUCCUGCUGUGGAAGAAUAGGUUUAAGUACAUACUUAUAGCUAAUCGAAGGAGCACUUGCUUGCUUUAAAUAAUUCGAAUGUAAUUCUAGAAAAGAAGAAUUCAAGCGAUAACAUUUUAAACUGUAAUUAUUUUGAUUACCUUUUACUGGCCUUGUGUGAGUUAUUCCACAAAAUAUACACGUGAUAGCUAGGACGACCAUCGCGCUCGUCAUUGAUAAUAAAUUAGAAAGUUGUGCACCCGAUGCGAAAGUCGAGACAACACUAAAUCCACAAUUACAUUAAGCUCUUGAAAGACUGUGGAUAUUAGAAUACAUAAUUCACCAUUGGUUGGAAUCCUUGUCACGUUAACACCGAUUUCAUUCUUCAACGAUUACAGAAUUAUCUCACAAAAAACAGACCCCCCAGAGUACUAGACAAGCAAACAGUCGAGAAUGUUUUUUAGAAUCAUUCAAUUUUUGUCGUAAAUUUACAUUUUUAACUUCUGAAAAAAAUUUCUGUUUCGUGAUGCCAAUUUAAUUGCAAAAUGAUCAUCUAGUCAGUUGUCUCAGCGACAAAAUUUCUGGCAAAAUCGCUGUCAAAGAACACAAUUCUCUCUGAACGGCUAUUUGAGCAAAACAAAAAUGGGAAUAGAUUUUUACGGAGUGCUCCAAAUACCGAGAAGUAGUACGAACCUMGAUAUAAAAAAGGCGUUUAGAGAUUUAGCUCUUGAGUUCAAUCCUGAAAAACUCCAAUGCGAAAAUGCCCAACAAGUGUUCAGCCUUAUUUGCGAAGCUUACGAUGUUUUAAGCGACCCGCUUCGAAGAUCAGUUUUCGACCAGUAUGGCGAAGAGGGUUUAAAACGGGGAGUUCCCGGACCUGACAAUUUCAUAGAACCUUAUCGCUAUCACGGAGACCCGAUGCGCACUUAUAAAGAGUUUUUCGGUACUACUUCUCCCUACGCCAACUUACUCGAUUAUUUACGAAACCCGUCUUACGAGUGCAUGACUAAACAUGGAAAAAUCUUCUGCGAAAAACAACCACCGAUAACUCAUCCCUUACAUUUGACUUUACACGAAAUCUUCUUCGGGGGUAUAAAAAAAAUGAAAAUCCAUCGCUUGGUUUAUAUCAACGACGAAAAGACAAAAACCAAAGUUAAGGAAAAAAUCCUUACCAUACCCAUAAAACCGGGGAUUCGACCUGGGACGGAAUUGGUUUUUCCCGAGGAAGGAGAUCAGAAUUCCAAUCAUAUUCCAGCAGAUGUUAUUUUUAUGGUUCAAGAAAGACCCCAUGACCUGUUCAAAAGAGAGGAAGAUAAUCUUACAAUGACAUGCAGUGUGACACUCGAAGAAGCGCUAAUGGGGACAACUGUGACUGUUAACACAAUCGACCAUCGGACUAUACGAGUACCAAUAACAGACGUGAUUUUUCCUGGAUACGAAAAAAUCGUUGAGAACGAAGGAAUGCCGAUUGUUGACGAUUAUCCUAAGCGUGGAAACUUGAUAAUACGGUUUAACAUUGCGUUUCCUAAAUAUUUACCAAAAGCGUGUAAACAUCUGUUACGAAAAGGAUUUCAGUUGGCGAAAAUUGGUGGCGGCGUUGAUCAAUACGAAACGGUUAAUAAAUUGGUUUUAGCUGAUAAAAUUCUUCGCGUUGAUCUCAACGAACAAUUACCGCCAUAUUAAAACAUUAUGUAAUUUUAAUUUGAAAUUUUAAUAAAUAAAG